UUACGUGACGUCGUCAUUCCGCGACAUAAACAACCAAAACAGAACAUGCAGAAAACACGGCGUUCAUUACUUUUGUAACGGUUUACAGAGUAUCAAUACGCACGAACAAGAUGCUGCAGCCAGAAAUGGCCCGACUUCUUACAGGGGGACAGGUUUUAGUAAAAAGCUGUGCUGAAGACUGUUCGUCGGGAGACACACACGAACUGAGACAGCGUGAGGCUGAGGAGGGAAACCCGUUCAACUACACCCCGCGGCUCAUCCACCUGCACAGGGACCACCAGCUGUUUGAGGAUGGAGACAUUCACAGACACAUGUACCUGCAAGACCUCUACAUCUCAGAGGCAGACGACAAGCCAACACUCAGUGUGUCAGAGUUCGCCUGUCACAUCUCUGGCUGCAGCGCGGUCUUCAGCACUUUGGAGGAGUACGAGCACCACUACAACUCGCUGCACCGACAUGUGUGCUGCUCCUGCCGCCGCUCACUGCCAAGCGCACGGCUCCUCGACAUUCACAUUCAGGAGUGGCACGACUCUCUCUUCAAUAUCCUCGCCCAGAGGCAAGACAUGUACCAGUGUUUGGUGGAGGGCUGUGGCCAGAAGUUCAGGACAAGUAAAGAAAGGAAGGACCAUCUAAUAAGAGUUCACAAGUAUCCUCCAGACUUCAGAUUUGACAAAACCAAGAAGGACAGAGGAACCCGUGAGACGGGGAGGCAGCUGCAGCACAGAGACGCAGCCAUGGAGGCAGUGGACGAUGUGUGUGAGUCUGAGGGUGUGUGUGAGGUUAUGUGUGAUGUGCUGUCCGACCAGCCCGAGCGCGGGGAAUCCAUGGAGACGCAUGUGUCCGACGACGACGAAGCCGCUCGCAUGGCAGAGUCCGCCUCUGCUGAGGAGCAUGCAGCCCACAGUGCAGAGAAUACAAGCACAGAGCCACCGAAACCACGGUACUCGUACAGGGUCCCUGCAACCGUGUGCUUCGGUCACAGCUCCGUCCGAGGCUUCAGAGGUCGGCGGGGCCGGAGGAAAUGAAACAACCAGAGCUGAGCCUUCUGUCUUUUAAGAUGUAGAACUUUCUUGUAACAUAAAAUAUCUACUGUCAAUUCUGUCCUUAACUUGAAAUAAAAUGUUUUUAAAAGUGU